CCACCUCUCACGGGAUCUUUACGAGAGUUAAACUGGUGGCUCGUGAUUUAUAUUUCGACGUCACGUCGCCCAUACCCCCAGGCCUGUCUUCCAAGCUGAUCGCUCUGAAGAGUCGUCACUUACUCCCCGACUCGGAAUAAAGUCGGACUGUCCCCAAAACCAGGGACACCUGUCGGAUAUUCUUUGUGGAACAGACUAGCAAGAUGGGUGUGUGGCAAGGUUUCUUGACGCUCCUUGUCCCCCUAGUUUUCGGGGCUUUACCCCCCUCCUCCCCUGCACUUCCAGGCCUGGGUCCUCUGCCAAACGCCCCUCCCCCACUGAUCCCCAUCGACCACCAGCGAUGCGUGGCCUUGAAGAAGGAGACGAACCUCGUGAAGGUACCCGUGCCCUAUUUCUGCCACCCCCAGGACAUGACAGGAAUCCCCGUGCCGAGCGUCAUCAACCCCAAGAUCACUCUGAUGGUCAUGAGGCUUCAGUGGAGCGGCUACAGGAUGUGCACCCGUCAGAUGUCGCUGCCCACCCACAGAUACGUCCCCGUGCCCGUGUGUUGUCCAGGGUGGAGGAAAAGUCCCUCUGGAAAGUGCGACACACCGACCCGCGUGCCUCCCCCAUCUCAGAGGGGUCCAUGCCUCAAUGGAGGAUUCCCAAGGAAGGGUAAACAUUGCUGCAUCUGCCCCACUGGCUUCUCGGGGGCCUUCUGCCAAAACAGAUCCCCUGCCGCACCACGGAGCACGCUGGCAUCGAUAAGCCGGGGACCAAUUGUCAGACCCCCGAUGAUGAGGCUCCCAGGUGCUGCCCUACCCCUGAACCGACCUGAUACCCACCUUGGUCGUCUCAUCAGGAAGCUGGCCCGACUCUCGCCAUCGGGAAGAGGUCCUCUGCCGAUCAAUCCAACUCUAGUCAGACUGUUGAUGGCUCGAAAACAGGGCAGGAGACAGAGCAUUGAUACCCCAACACCCAUGAACAAUCCUAAGGGGCUGUCUCCUAGGCCUACUGUAAACACCGCUUACAUCAACCAGGUCCCCCGGGCACCAGCGUCACCCCCCAAGCCAGUAGUCAAUACAGCCUAUAUCAACAAAGUUCCCCAGAACCCUAACCCAGCUGCCCGACCUACUGUCAACACUGCCUAUAUAAACCAGCUCCCUAAAAGAGGUAAUGUACCGAACAUAACACCAAAUGUUGCGUAUAUAAACCAGCUCCCUAAAAGAAAUAAUGUGCCCAAACUAACACCAAAUGUUGCGUACAUUAACCAGCUCCCUAAAAGAGGUAAUGUGCCCAAAAUUACACCAAAUGUUGCGUAUAUAAACCAGCUUCCCCAGCGACAAAGGCCAGUAGUGAAGCCACCUCUUAACAUUGCAUACAUCAACCAGCUCGUCCCUCCAAGACCGACCAGAAUCACGGUCAACACCGCCUACAUCAACCGUCUCCCGAGGCCCGACGGCAGAAACGUCACACCUACCACAAACACGGCGGCCAUCAACCAACUGCCCAAGGUGUACAGACUUCCGGUUCAAGCUCCCGCACAAACGGCAUACAUCAACCGCGUCCCAUCAAUCCCACUGAUGAGGGGGGGGCCACUCGUCAACACUGCCGCCAUCAACAGGAUCCCACCCAACACCCCUCGUCCAGUGAUCGCUCCACCCGUUGUCAUGCCAACCAGACUUGGAAUUCGACCAAUGGUGAACCCAGCUGCGGUCAACCAACUUCCUCCACGAACCCAGGAGCCGGACAUCGAAGAGCCAACGGUCAGUCCUAUGAUGCCAAAGUCCAACCCUGUAGGAGCUGCCCCGGCCAGAGUUGGAACCCCAGAGGGGUCAUCUCACAACCAGCCUUCUAUGGGUGACCAGCCUUCUAUGGGUGAUCAGCCUUCUAUGGAUGCUGCCCAGAAGUGUAAGCAGAUCAUCGAGGUGGGCGUGACCCGUUGUUUCCGCGAAGCUGGCGUCCUGGCCGCCCCUGCUGACGUCUUCAACCCCCAGAACCCGGAAGUUGCCCGUGUAAUAUGCAGUCAAGGACGACGUCUAAGACCGUGCAUCAUGGCAGGGGAGACGGCGUGUGGGCGUGGCAUGAGAGUCAUCAUCACACGUAGGAUGCUGUCGUCGCUGCUCAACGCCAUGGGCAACCUCUGUGCUUUACAAGUGUCAAGACCUCCAACCAGACAGAGUCUCCCGAACCAGCCCCAGCAGCCCCGGAUCCCCUCUGUCCUCCCUCCCCAACUGAUGCCUCAGAUCCCCACGGAGCCCCAGACCAUUGAUGACAUACCCCAGUUACCCCAGGUACCCGGGCUUGUGGAGGGGGAGGAGCCCAUCAGGCGCUCCUGCAUGAACGGCGGCUACGUGGUCGUCCAGGGAGGUGUGGAGGUCUGCGAGUGCCCAGAUGGAUUUGGCGGAGAUCACUGUGAAAUUCCUAUCUGUAUUGCCGGCUGUGAGAACAAUGGCGUGUGUGAGAACGUGGACGGAGCCGCCAUGUGCGUCUGCUCCAACGGCUACACCGGCGACAUGUGCGAGAUUGUUCCACUUGUGGCGGUCACUGAAGUUGAGCAGCCAAAGCCAGUGGACCCGGCCACCACCUCGCUCGAGACCAGCCCCAACCCUGUACCAGAGAUGAAGAAGACCGACUUCACUCUGGAGGACCACGAUCACAGCGCAUCCAAGGCCCACCCCACACUGGAUGUUGAACACACGAAAGUGGAGAUUUUCGGCUACCCCCUAUGGUUCAUUCUCGCCAUUGCUCUCGGGAUCUUUGUCCUUCUGUUCGUGCUCAGUCUCACAUGCUGUCUGUGUCUCAAAUGUCGCCGCUCAAAGCAGUCGUUUGAGUUGAGCAGAGAAGCUGUCAAAAUCCCUCUGCCGGACAAUAUUUACACUGUAGGAAUUGUACCACCUGUCUAUGAGGCAAAGGGUAUUCCCCCUCUUUCGUAUGAAGAGGCGAAAGGGGAGACAAUCAAGGGGGACACCAAUAAGGUCAAUGAACCAGAAGAGGUCAAGGAAGAAGAAAACUAACAAUUGAAGUCAACGGGUUCUCUUCAAGCAAGUACUCUCAUACUAUACCAAAAACUUUCACGUGAAACACACGGGCUAUGAUAUACACCCACAAGAACUAUAAGGCGAGAUGAUAUGUUCCUGAAGACUGACGGGGUUGAGGAGGGCCCCUCCAGUGCAGCGUGCACGGGGCAGCUCCUCCGUAGAGUCUCAGUCUGAUGCCAAUAAGAUACUGCAGCUGUAAAUAUACGCGUGCUUGAGUUACACCAUGUUAUCAGUUCUCAUGAAAGGUUAUAUCACACAUGGAAAUAAAAACAAGUUACAGUUUUA